AUGUCAGCUCUGCAGUUAUACCAACCUCUCAAGCCAAGGAGACGCACCUCAGGCACGGACAUCAAGGCAGAGACUCAAGGCGUGAGUCUUUGUGAAUGGGGCAUCAACGGGACAUCGGGUUUGCCAUCGAGAGAAGAGCUGAGAAGGUCGGAUUCAGGACGGUACCAGUGUCGCUCUGAUACAUGGAAAGGAACUCGAUAUGAUGAUUUUUAUCUUUAUGUGACUGAAGAUGCUUCAGCACCAAAACGGACUCUGGGACCUUUUAUAAGAUCGACUUUUCUCCCAACAACAACACCACCACAGAGUCUGAGUUCCUCUUCUUCUCCAUCCUCCUCUGAAACCAGCAAACUCCCAGAUGAACCAGCUGCAGGUUCAGAUUUUCUACUUUAUGUGGGUCUGACUCUGGUCGCCAAGAUCAUCUUAUUAUCAACACCUUUGGUGAUUUUCUUCAAAAACAGAAGAGCCUCUAAGAGCAAAGGUUUGCCAGAAGAAAGAGAUUACAGCAGCAUCUCCAUGGCUAAAGAAGUCGAAGUGGAAUACUCUGAGGUGCAUCUGUUGAACGAUACCACUACUUUGUCAAACAGCGCCCCCUGUGGUCACGCAGAUAAAGUCAUCUACCCUGAGUUUCAGGAAGCUGUGAGCUCUGCAAACCAAAGCGAUGAUUCUGCUCUUUAUUCCAACAUUACUUUACAGCAGUAGCUUUGCUGUGGAUCUGCUGUUUAUGGUCAUCAGAUAAACUCUUUUAAUAAUCAGGGAGCAGUGGGGCUGCCACUGUGCGGCGCUCAGGGUGCAUUCUGGGGCGAAGGGCCUUGCUCAGGAACCCAUAGUGGCAGUCUGUGGGAGUCCAACCAGCAACCUUGCACCCUCUCCAGGAGACACGCACCCUGCUCUCUAACCACCAGGCCAUGACUCCUUCACUUCAACAUAAAGCUAGCUUUACUACUGUUUAGAUUUCUCUAAAGUACUAAUUGUGAUUAAUCUGUCCUGCAUAGAGAAGCUGUGAUGACCUCAGAGGUUUGUCAGAAACUCACCAUAACUUGAUAAUCAGCCUCCAGGUUGAAUCAGGUGUGUUAGAACCAGAGGUGGCUAGAGCAGCCAACAAUGUUACAUGAAGAAAACUUCAUAAUAACGUGCUACGGGUUUUAUAUUUCAUUUCAAAAUUAUUUAUAUGCUUAAAAAUAACCAGAACAAUGAAGCUUGUGUAACAAUAAGAAGUUUGACUUUAACAUGAACUGUACUGGUUUUAUAUUUCAUUUGAAAAUUAUUUAUUUACUUACAAAUAAUAUAUCAAAACAAUGAAAUAAGACCUUAACAAAAACUGUAUGUGUGUUUCUGUGUUUUGUGCAUUUUUAGUUAAAACACAUUUGUUCUUCAUUCAGUGAAAUAACUAGAGGAGGUAGAGCAGCCAGGAGUUUUACUCAAGUAAGAGUAGCUCUACUUUAAAAUAAUGUUGUUCAAGUAAAAGUAAAAAGUACAGGGCAGUAAAAGUACUCCUAGAAGGUCAUUUAUUUUAUACAGUUACUCAGAUAGAUACAACCGAGUAAAUGUAACUAGUUACUGCCCUCUUCUGGUUAAAGUCUGAGUUACUGAGCAGCAGGUGUUUUUUUUUUUUUACUGCAGGGAAAGUUCAUGUUGUCUGAUUGUUUCUGAAAGCAGGAGCUUCUACUUACAAUCGUUUUUUGUUUCAGGAUCAUGAAAACAUAAAUCUAUGAAAGCCACCGUGUUGUUGGUACAAGAGAUUAAAUAAACUGAAAUACAUUUUUAUUUCUUCAUUACCCCUACACCUCUAAUAGUAUUGUUACAGUUGAUAUUUUAGGCUAAAUGAUGCCUCUGCUUUGUGCGGUCUUUGCUUUCUGCUACUCCAGAAGAACCAAAGAUCUG